AAGAAGUCGUCCUGUACCUUGAACGGAAGAACGCUGAAGGGGCGUUUAAGACUGUAUAUUUGUAUGUGAUGAGGUUUGUUUUAUAAUGGCUUUUCUGGGAAAACUGACGGAUACUUCAUAAUUUAGAAGCAACAAACGACUGGUUCGAAAAUGGCAACCAGCGGAAAAGAAGCUCACCAGGAAUUCUUUAGUGAUUGUAUUGUUAUUAAAUCUUGCGAACCAUGCACGAGAAAGCACACGUCCAGCACAGCAACAAUUUUUUGCAAAACCUGUAACGAGUAUCUUUGCGAACCUUGCAGAAAUAUUCAUAUAAUUUAUAAAUCGGGCACACAUGAUACGGUUGCUGUUGAGUAUCUGGAUUCGGCACCAGUUGUUGUAACGAUGAAAGGUAUGGACACAUGUCGAGACCAUGAUAAAAAGAUCAAGUUUUUCUGUGAAGACCACUCCAAGCUCUGUUGCAGUACAUGUGCGUUCAUACACAGGAAGUGCGACAAAAUCAAUGAGCUGGCCAGUAUAUCUAGCCAAGAAGGACCAGAGCUGCAAGACGUGAAAAAUACGCUUCUUAAAAUGGAGACCGAUACUGGCAAAAUCGUAGCGGAAUGCAAGCUUUCAGAGGCUGAAUUAAGUGAGACCAAUGCAAAUCUGUUUAAACAGAUUGAUAGAAUAAAGGGUUGUAUUAUCGAGUUAUUUGAGAAAGCAAAGACACAGCUGACUGCAGAUGCAGAUAAUUUCAAAGCGGAUGAGAUUAAAAAAAUAGAGCAAAGCGAAGCAAAAAGAAAUAAAGCCUGGUUGAAAGUGAAUGAAGACAUAAAUGAACUGCUAUCGGUUAGUUCUGCUCUUGUCAAACAUGGAACACCUCAACAAAAUUAUAUCGUCACCAAAAUAAUCAAGGAGAAAAUUAAAGAUAUGGAAACCCAUAUAUCUGAGAAACGAUGCAAUCAAAUCACUCCAACAAUUUCCAUAGACUUUUCAAAACAGUUGUUAUCCAUUCUUAAAGAGGAAGAAGUUCUUGUAAAACUUAAAGUAGAACGACACCUUAAGCAUACAGAUGUUGCGCAAACAAGUCCGACGGAAAUACAAGAAUUGUCUGAAGUUAGAAAGAAAACAAGCGUUUUAAAUGAAGCAGGUUUUUCAAGUGACUGCACGCUGUCAGUUCCGAUCAAACCAGUUACCCUGGAGCUACUCGUGUCAGUGGAUCUUAAACAGUAUCAAUAUGAUGGGAAGGAACCUCUGCUUACUGGGCUUGACUUCCUACCAGACGGGAGACUGGUAUCCGUGGAUAACAUGAAUUGGAAAUGUAUCAUAAUGGAUGACCGACUGAAGAGACAAGGAACGCCGUACACGUUCAAUACCAACCCAUUUGACGUUGUAUGUUUGUCUCAUAAUGAACUCGCAGUGACGAUGAAUGACAAAACAAUUCGCCUCCUAUCCGUGAGUCCUGGCAGUGACAUCGGUAUGACCAGAACGAUACAAACAUCCACCGAUGUCUUCUCCAUAUGCUGCAUGACCCCAACAGAUAUGGUCGUCAGUACACACAAUGAUACAGACCAAGUGAGAAAGAUAACGCAGUCCGGUGUGGUGUCUUACUUUGAUCACGGGCUCGUUCCCAACAAGAGAUACAAAAUUGAUGAGAGCAAGUGCACCUAUGUGAUUUCAAAGAACACUUUGGUAUUUACCGACUGGUUAGCUAAUUCUGUGUACAUGAAUGACUGCGCAAAAGGCACGUCUAAAGUUGUCACGGAUGAGAACAUACAGCAACCACGUGGUGCCUGCGUCGGGCCCGGUGACACGGUGCUGGUGUGCAGUGGGGCGACGAGCUCCAUCGUACACCUGACUGUUGACGGUAUUAUGUUAGGAACCUACCCAGUGGAUAUGCGGUGGCCGUAUUCCCUGUGUUUGAAUAAAGAAGAGAGCAGAUUAGCGGUAUCGAACAAUGCUGCUGGAAUGAAGAGGUUGAUGGUGUACAAAUUAUUAUAAAAAAUGAUAUAAUCCAAAGGAAAUAAUUAGACAUAAAAUGCAUUUGUUACAUGUAUAAAUCGAUUUGAUUUUUCUAUGCUGUUUGGUUAGUAAUCUUGAUAAAAUUGCGAAUUUA